AUGGAUAAGGAAAACCUAACAGUCAUAAAGGAAUUCAUACUAAUGGGGAUCACAGACCGCCCUGAGCUCCAGGUUCCAUUCUUUGGGUUGUUCCUCAUCAUCUACAUGAUCUCAGUGGUGGGCAACUUGGGCAUGAUCAUCCUCACCAAGAUGGACUCCAGCCUAAAAACACCCAUGUACUUUUUUCUAAGACAUCUGGCUUUUACUGAUCUUGGAUAUUCAACUUCUGUGGGACCCAAAAUGUUGGUAAAUUUUGAAGAGAAUCAAAAUACAAUCCCCUAUAAUUGGUUUUUUAUACAGCUAGCUUUCUUCAUAAUGUUCAUCGUUAGUGAACUUUUCAUUCUAUCUGCAAUGGCCUAUGACCGCUAUGUGGCCAUCUGUAACCCUCUGCUGUACAAAGUUAUCAUGUCUCAAACAGUAUGCUGGGGUCUGGUGAUAGUUCCCUAUCCCUACAGUGCCUUUCUCUCUCUCCUGACCACAAUAAAGAUUUUUAUUUCUUCCUUCUGUGGUUAUAAUGUCAUUAGUCAUUUCUACUGUGACAGUCUUCCAUUAGUAACAUUGCUGUGUUCAAGCGCACUUGAUGUUGAACUGAUAGUACUGAUCGGUUCAGCAUUUACUUUAGUUUCAUCCUUUCUGGUAGUUCUUGUGUCCUACAUGUCGAUCCUGGCAACUAUUCUUAGGAUGAACUCUGCAGCGGGGAGGUACAAGGCCUUCUCCACGUGUGGAUCUCACCUGAUAGUAGUAUUUGUGUUAUAUGGGACUCUGUUCUUUAUGUAUGUGCAACCCAAAUCCAGCCAUUCCUUUGAUACCGAUAAGAUGGCCUCUGUAUUUUACACUGUGGUAAUACCUAUGCUGAAUCCCUUAAUAUAUAGUUUGAGGAACAAAGAGGUAAAAGGUGCCUUGCAGAGAAUAUUGAAAAAUUUAUCCGACAUUCCUAUUUAA